CAUAUUUUUCCUCAUCCCUUUCUCCUCCGUUGUCAUCUCUCUCUAUAAUUUAAAAAAAAAUCAAUGGCUGAAGUUGAAUACCGGUGCUUCGUCGGUGGGCUCGCAUGGGCUACCACUGAUCGAACCCUAGGUGAAGCUUUCUCUCAGUACGGCGAGGUUCUUGAAUCGAAGAUAAUCAAUGACCGUGAAACCGGUAGAUCUAGAGGAUUUGGCUUUGUUACCUUCGGUGAUGAGAAAUCCAUGAGGGACGCUAUCGAAGGGAUGAACGGCCAAGACCUUGACGGUCGUAACAUCACCGUUAACGAAGCUCAAUCACGCGGAAGCGGCGGCGGCGGCGGCGGCGGUGGUUUCCGCGGUGGACGUCGUGAAGGAGGCGGCGGAUACGGAGGUGGAGGAUAUGGAGGUGGAAGACGCGAGGGCGGCGGUGGUGGUUACGGCGGCGGCGGUUAUGGUGGUGGCCGUGACCGUGGAUAUGGCGGUGGUGACCGUGGAUACGGUGGUGAUGGCGGAUCACGCUACUCAAGGGGUGGUGGUGACUCUGAUGGAAACUGGAGGAAUUAGAUAAUUGAGAAGAUGUGGAUUUUAGUUAUUUUGAUCGCAUUUUAAGUUGGGUAUAUCUUAAUGUUAAGUGUGACUGUCUUUUUUGACCGUUAUUGGCUCGUUACUUUACUGUGUUUUUCUGUUUACAGAGUUCUUAUGGAAUGAAUUAAAUGAAGUCUACAAAUUAAAUCUUUCUUUUG